AUGGCUAAAGACCCGGUAUGUGGAAUGGAAAUAGAUGAGGCUGAAGCCCGGGCCCAGACUGGGCAGACCAUGCACGGGGCCUCAGAAGUCGAUCCCCAGCAGGGGACCCGCAGCUUUCAUAACGGUCAGUGGUACUACUUUUGCGGGCUGGACUGCCGCACCAAGUUCCUGGCAACCCCGGCGGUGUAUCUCGAGCAGUAA